UGGGGUGGGGCGAGUGCUCUGUGAUCAGCCGAGUGAGGCUGACGUGCCCGCCCGAGCGCGCGGCUGGGUGUGUGCGCGCCUGUAUGUGUGUGUGUGUGCGCGUGUGUGUGUGUGCGUGCGUGUGUGUGUGUGUGUGUAUGUGCGUGUGUGCGAGCGAGAGAGGGGUAUGAACACGCCUUUGGGGACCCGAGGGACUCUGCGGUGGGCUUCUCUCCGGCGUCGGCCCUGUGGCUGGCUGCUCAGCUUUGCAUCUGCCUACCGCGCUUCUGCAGAAGCAACCCCGCUCUUUCAUCCUCUCGGAACCACCCUCAGCAUCCAAUCUUACUUUUUCUUUCACCCACGAGGGCAGCAGCUGGCCGAGACCUCCUUAACCGGUGCAAACAUCCAAGCCAGUGCUCAGUGUUUUCCUCAGCUAGUAUUUUCCCGCUUGUCUCUCUUUGGGGGCUCCCCACGAGCCACUCCAAUGCUCCUCCACCCUUAAAAACUGUUCCGUUGGUCUCUUUAACCGAAGAGUUGUAAAUCUUGAAGACUUUAUUAUUAUUAUUUUGAUUCUUUCCGUUUCAUCCCCCUGUGGACAACGGAGCAAUGAAAUUUCCAAUCGAGACGCCAAGAAAGCAGGUGAACUGGGAUCCUAAAGUGGCCGUGCCUGCAGCAACUCCACCCGUGUGCCAGCCCAAGAGUGCCACUAACGGGCCCCAUCCGGUUCCCCGCCUCUCCAUUUCCUCCCGAGCCACGGUGGUAGCCAGGAUGGAAGGCGCCUCCCAGGGAGGCCUGCAAACAGUCAUGAAGUGGAAAACAGUGGUUGCCAUCUUUGUGGUUGUGGUGGUCUACCUCGUCACAGGUGGCCUUGUCUUCCGGGCGUUGGAGCAGCCCUUUGAGAGCAGUCAGAAGAACACCAUCACCUUGGAGAAGGCAGAAUUCUUGAGAGAUCAUAUCUGUGUGAGCCCCCAGGAGCUGGAGACACUGAUUCAGCAUGCCCUCGAUGCUGACAACGCAGGGGUCAGCCCGGUAGGAAACUCUUCCAACAGCAACAGUCACUGGGACCUCGGAAGUGCCUUUUUCUUUGCCGGAACUGUCAUCACCACCAUAGGGUAUGGGAAUAUUGCUCCAAGCACCGAAGGAGGCAAAAUCUUUUGUAUAUUAUAUGCCAUCUUUGGGAUCCCACUCUUUGGUUUCUUAUUGGCUGGAAUUGGAGACCAACUUGGAACCAUCUUUGGCAAAAGCAUUGCAAGAGUGGAAAAGGUUUUUCGAAAAAAGCAAGUGAGUCAGACCAAGAUCCGAGUCAUCUCAACUAUUCUGUUCAUCUUGGCUGGCUGCAUCGUGUUUGUGACGAUCCCUGCUGUCAUUUUUAAAUACAUCGAGGGGUGGACAGCCUUGGAGUCCAUUUACUUUGUGGUGGUCACUCUGACUACAGUAGGCUUUGGUGAUUUCGUGGCAGGGGGAAAUGCUGGCAUCAAUUACAGAGAGUGGUAUAAGCCGCUGGUGUGGUUUUGGAUCCUUGUUGGCCUUGCCUACUUUGCAGCUGUCCUCAGUAUGAUCGGAGACUGGCUUCGGGUUUUAUCCAAAAAGACAAAAGAAGAAGUGGGUGAGAUCAAAGCCCAUGCAGCCGAAUGGAAAGCUAAUGUAACCGCUGAGUUCCGGGAGACAAGAAGGCGGCUCAGCGUUGAGAUCCAUGAUAAGCUACAGCGAGCAGCCACCAUCCGCAGUAUGGAGCGCCGGAGGCUGGGCUUGGACCAGAGGGCCCACUCCCUGGACAUGUUAUCCCCAGAGAAGCGGUCUGUCUUUGCAGCCUUGGAUACAGGCCGUUUCAAGGCCUCAUCCCAGGAAAGUAUCAACAACCGACCCAACAACCUGCGCCUUAAGGGGUCAGAACAGCUCAAUAAACAUGGGCAAGGCGCUUCUGAGGACAACAUCAUCAACAAGUUUGGGUCCACCUCCAAACUCACCAAGAGGAAAAACAAAGAUCUCAAAAAGACCUUACCCGAGGAUGUUCAGAAAAUCUACAAAACCUUCCGGAAUUACUCUCUGGAUGAAGAGAAGAAAGAGGAGGAGACGGAAAAGAUGUGUAACUCAGACAACUCCAGCACAGCCAUGCUGACAGAAUGUAUACAGCAGCAAGCUGAGAUGGAGAAUGGAAUGAUACCCACAGACACCAAAGACCAGGGGCUGGAGAACAACUCAUUACUUGAAGACAGAAACUAAAUGUUAUAGACACUAGAGUUGGACUAAGUGUUGUCUUGUUUUUUGUUUGUUUUGUUUGGUUUUUCUUUUUCCUUUUUAAAAAAAUUAUUCACACUGAGACACGUGCCUUAAACAGACUUGUUAGUCCAAAAUUACAUAACAUUGAAGAAUAUAUUUCACUGUGCCAUACACAACUGAAAGCUUGCUCUGCCAAAAGGGAUCAGACAAGAGCUUCAUUUCAGAUAGUGGUGGCAGGACACAUGGGGAGCGUUUGCAUACAAAGCAAGUAUAGGCUGUCCCCUUGAGGGGAGUUCCAGGGGCAAUGCUAUAGCCCUCACAGAACACCACUCUGACGUGGCACAUAGACAGACAAGGGCAGCUGUUCCUUAGACUAGCCUCUGAGAGGACAGGUUUGUCUUUUGAAUGCAGCCUCCAUUCCUGAACCUACCUUUAGUGAUAGGUUAUACACAAAAUGGGCAGCUGUGUGCAGGUGACCUGGUAACUUCAGCUAGGGUUUCAUUGGGCCUUUUGGCAUGUCCUCAGCUUGAAUUUCGACAGGCCAUAGUGCAGAACAUCUACUCCAGAUGAUUGUCCUUGGGACCCAAGAGUACCUGGAAUUUUUGGAAGCUGAUCAGAGCACACAUUUUGUAGGGUGCAAUUGCUUUUCUCAUUUAAAAAAAAAUCAGACACAUCCCACUGUGGGCAGCUCCUUAACCAAUGAUAGAAGCCCACUGAAUUUUGUCCUUUUGGUAGGAUGGGUAAUCCAUGUAGGCUUGCAAGCGUUGGUGAAAACACCACCUUAGCCACUACCUGGUUGGAAGGCAAAUCUUGCAUUUUCUUCAGUGGGUGAAGAUAAACUGAUUUUGGAACAUUCAUACUCACUUUUCUACAGGAACUUUAAUUAUAACUUGUUUUGAUAGGAGGGAGGAAAUACCAAAAUUAUUGCCUUUGCAUGAUGCCAGUGGCUUGCUGUUCUGUCCAGCUGAUCCUAAUUUUUUUAAAUAAAAAUAAGAAUAGACAUCUUGUGUUUGUGAGACACACCAAGGAGGACUAUGGCAUCUUUCCAUCUCAGGGCUUUUUGUCCUUUUGGGUGUCUUAGAGUAGACAAAGCUAUGAGACUCAAUCUUGCUAUUUCCAUAUAAAAGGAAAAUGAAUCUCUCACUCAGCUCUUGUAUAUUAAGAUUGAAAUGGUUUAAGUUGUUUGCAGCUUAAGUGCAUUAAUCCCAUUUAAAGAGUAAUACUGAAAAGGAGUAUUUCAAAGAUUUUCACUUCAUUCUUGCGUUUCAUCACGCCAUUGUCAAUUUCACUUUAUGUUUGUUUCUUUAUGCCUUUAUUAUGGGGACAAACCCUCCCUCAUCUGUUCAUCUCACACCUGCUAUUACUCAAAUGGUAACUACUCCCCUAUCAUUGUUUCUAGGCAAAUAACGAUCAGCAUGUAAUCAGUGACUGUUUAUCGGGUUACAAUGCUCAGUGAAGGAACACUGCAGGAAAGGUCCAAUUGUAGGUUUGGGGAGAAUGAUCUUUUAAAAAGGAUUUUCAUCAGAAAGGUGAAAUUCAUAGCAGGCUUUCGGCUCACCUGUGUAUGCUUCAGCUUUAAUCAGAUUUGGUAACAUGUUGGUUCAGCUAGCUAGUGAUCUGGGCCCCUGCACUUAAACAUUUGGAUUCUAAAAUUAUGAGAAAAUUGCUGGCUAUGCAGCACCACCUUUGGUAUUUUAUGGAUUUUUCUAUAACUAAUUCACAGAGCAUAUUUAACGAAAGAUCAUAGCACAAGUGGAUACUUCCAGAAUCCAUCCAUCAUUUUCUAACUCUGAGGGGGAAUUAUGCCCAUUGCCUCUCCUUGACCACUGGUACCAUGGAAGACCCAUCACCCCUGUCUAUUUUCCCCCAAAUGCACUGCUUAUAGCUGCCCCUUCUUGGAGCACAGAAGCCCCUGUUUCCCAGAUCCCAAACCUUCAGGAUCUUGUUAGAGAUCUGAGAAGUCAAAUAAGAAUCACUAUGGUGAGGCUUUUUCUGUCAAGACUUUGUCUGGGAUAACUCUUGUCUGGGAUAACACUGGUGUUCUGCAUAGUACGGCGUAGACUCUAGGAUAUGAGACUUAUACAGGUGUGGGUGCUGGGCUUUCAUUAUGGCAAGGGUCCAGACUGACUCAUUGUGUUAAAGAACAGAUAAGUGGGAUUUCUCUUGUUCUGACAAGUUUCCCAAUGACACUGCACGUGGAUCUCAUUCAUUUAGGUUUCCACUAUAUGGUACCUUGGUAUGUCUUUACGACUGUGUUAAAGCUGCAGGCACUGGAUCUAUAUCUGAUGGAGAAGCACCCCUGUCAUUUGUUUGGUGUGCCUUUCAUGGGCUUGACACUGGAUGGGUACGUUCUAUGGCUCUCACUGAAACCUCACCGUGUCCUAUGGGAAGCAUUCUCACACCCUUUGUAGAGACGAGGAUGCAGAGACUCAGGGAGGCUAAGCAACUUGCCAGUAGUGCACAGCAGGAAGGUGGUGGAGCCCAAUCUUAGUGUUGCUGCAGUGUCCACAUGGUGUGCCCUUGUGAAUGAGAGAGAGCAUGUACAUGUGUGCGGUUGUGUGUGUUGCAGUGUGCACAUGCACACACCUUACAAAUUUCAUGAGCACAGUUGACAGAGGUGAGGAGAAGACAGGCAUUUUUACCCCUAUGAGGGCACAGAGUUUUGGGGGUAAACCUGCCCUAAAAGGUUGCCCUCGAAGAUACCCGCUGUAUGCUCUUGACUUGGGGAGGCCAUGGACAGCACCUUUUCUCCAUUGCUACAAACGCCCCUCAAAAGCACUCUUUUGCACUUUACUUGAUUUUCUUGCAGGAAUUCUUCAGGCAGCAGGAAUUAGACAGCUCAGAGGUCUGUGAUAUGUGAUCAGCCAAAUGGAACAGGUGCCCCAGUUGGGUGUGUGCGUAGUUGUAUUCAAGAGAAUCAAACCGCAGUAGUACUGAGAAUCAAACAUAAUCUUGGAUUGAGAGUGUGCAACCCAUCUCCUGAGUGUUGGAUACAGGUUCUAAAUGAUGACAGAGAGUACCCUCUGUGACAAGAGUGUAUGUGGACAAAGUGUUCCAAAAACUGUGAAGUACUCUCCAAAGGAGAAGCUGAAGGGGGUCGAGAGAUUUCUCAUCGUGUGUACAUGCUAAGCCUAUAUUGGUGGUUUUGAUGUUACCCCUGUAAAGGUGGGGGACAAAUAACAUGUGAUAAGACAGCUUCUGUGUGUUACAUACAAACAUCAGCCUAGCCCCUCUCCUUCCCAUCAGUACCCCUGCCCCUCUUAAACCCAGAAUAAAUGCAAGGAUGUUACACUUGGGAAGGGCACGUGUUUGGUGUCUUCAGUGGGCAGUUUUUUGCUUCAUUUGGUGGCUGGGUACAUAAUUGUUCUCUCAUCUGGAGGUUUACUGGUGGGAGCCAAAGGACAGCUUGGAGAGACUUGAUUAUAAACCCAGUCCUAACUUCAUAUGAUUCACUCUGGCUGUUUGUUAGUUUUGGUAUAGGGUUGUCUAGUGUGCAUGUGUGUGGCAUGUGUGGUGUGAAAGGGGUCACUGACCUACAAUUCAGGUAUCUGAAAGUACUGCUUGUGUUCUCCCCCCAUUACAGCCUAUGCUCACGGGCAGGCACACUUCCUCACAGUGUACCUCACCUGCACACCAAGAGGAUCAAGCACAGAUUAUUACCAAACCUUUCCCCAGUUGUAUAGUGCUCAGAGAGAACACUUCCCACUCCAUGAGUUAAUUUAAUCAGAAAAUAAGUUAAGUUGAAUUUCUGAGGAUUGACUAAUGGCCCCAUCCCAUCCUCGGUUUGUUUCCUGCAUGGUUGGUGGAGACCAUAUGUAUUUGAGAGACUAGUGUCCAAAUUAGGAUCAUGUCCCAUAUAGGCUCUGUCCACUGAUCUAGUAUAGCACUCCUUCACCUGGCAGAUCACGGGAUGAAAGGUUUUUAUUUUUUGGGUGGGGUGGGGUGGGGCAGGGCAAUGGUAUUAAGACUAGUCAAUGAUUUGUAAACCAUUGCUAUUUGCACUCAGUUGUCCUAAAACUCCCUUUGAUUGAGUUGUGAAUUCCUGUCCUUCUCUCUUCUUCCAGUACACAAAGACACACAUGCAUGUAGGAAAUGACUCUUUGGGUUCUACGGGGACAACUUCAUGUUCUAGUUGUGCUAGAAAACUACCCCUCUUCCCCUUUCUGAGGUGUUAUUUCUUGGGGAAGUCAAAGCUGCUUAUCUAUUUGUAUGCUUGGUCUGGGGGAUUAGUGAAAAUGUGUGCCAGGGUUCUGAUUGAGGUAGUCAUGGGAUAGAACGUGAGCCAUCCCGUGUGCAGAAUGGUUCUAGUAUCAGCGCAAAGACUCCAAAAGGAAAUGAAGCAAAGCAAGCUUGCGGAGCCUCUCUAUAAAAGAAAACGAGUCCCACUGCCUUCUGCAGCUUGGCCUUCUGCGUUUUGCCAGUGCUUCCUGUCUGGCAGCCUUUCUCACCAUUAGGAUACAUCUGUGUGCAAAGACAGUGACUGAGUGGACAUGGGAAGGUUCUUCUGAUACAGCAUAAGAACUACUUAAUAAUGGCCUCAAAGAAUAGCUAUGUUACACUUCACUACCCUCUUCCAUGGUCCUUUCAUUUCUGUGUCAUAUGACACCAGCUUAGUGGUAUGGAGAAGUGAGAAGUGUUUACAAAUGCCUGAGAUUGGGGACCCCCUUUUGUUCUCUGUCUUUAAGUGAAAACAGUUUCCCAUGCGUUAAAAAGAAACCCCUUUGAAGACUUCCAGUUCAUUAACUCGGUAGACUUGUGCCACAGAGACUGCUGCAUGGCCUGUUCCGUGUGGCUAGGGCUCUAGUUAGAAGGGCAAAGCUGCAGCCAGGACUAGAAGUGAUAUGCAAACCACCCUGUGUGCUAACCUUUUCAUCCCUUUUCUGUCCAGAGCUCAGGCAAGGGACCCAGUGAUGGCAGACAAUAAACCCAUGUGUGGAGAUGUUUUACCUAUUUUUCUCUUUGUAGGACUUCAUGGUGCUUUUAUUUAUUUUUAAGAAAAAGGCAUUUUACAGUUAAUGAUGUGUUUGGGGGGCAUUUCAUAUUGUUCGUAGGAGAAGUGGGAAUUUGCUUGUAACAUUUCAAUAAGCUGUGCUGCUAUUGUCUUGAUGUAAUAUUUUUUUUCCCAAUGGUGGAGAACAUUGCAACAAAGAUCUUCCUGAGGAUCCAA